GCAUAUCAUCCCCUCUCAACCCAAUCUCUCACAUCUCACGGACUCUUUUGUUUCCACUCAACAUGUGUCAAAGCCGGACAACGACUUGAUCAUCAUUCCGGCCUGACAUUUCCGCCUCUCAACCCUAGGCUCCACCAUUAUCGAUAGCAUUCUGGAGUCACGCGAGGGUUGUGUCUGAAGCAACAAGAACCCCUCAGUGCUCAACGUCUACCUUCCCUAUCUAAAACACUACUCAGGACUCUUUGGUCCGGACAAUCACGACGAUGGCGACGCCAGCUACCGAAUCGCGACAAGAGGAUGUCGUGAUUCCAUCAACCCCUCCACCUGUGCGAGUUCCCUCCGCGGACAGCACAACCAAAUCUGCCUACAACUCACCGCCCCCAAUGUCUUCAAGCAUGACACCCCCACCAUCUACACAGCCGCCUCGAAUUCACCCACCGUCAAAUAGAUCCAUGGUCGAGACCAGUGACCCGUUGUUGGCGUCUCCGCCCGAUACCGUCAACGCGAAUGUUCUCCGCGCCCUCCCCACUCCCGAUGCCAUUGCCAACGCAGAUAGCUCGGAUCUUCGAACGAUGGUACAGGAACUAAUAGCGGCAGUUCGAGAUGCACGAACUUCAGUUGCGCACCUCAAACUUCAACACAAUCUGCUGGCCAUGGAAUCAGAGGAAGCCGCUCAACGCGCAGAGGUCGAACACCAGAUGACGAGGAGAGAAGUGGAGGUAUUGCAGGCCGCAGAACAUCGCAAUCGCAUCUCUGUUGCUACGACAUCUCACAACUCCCAUCUGGCGUCCCAGCCACAAAUUGAAGCUUUGACGCAGACUUGUAAAGCCCUCGAAUCAGAAAGGGACGAGGCGGAGCGGAGACUUCAACGCGCAAAGAAAUUGAUCGAAAUCGAGAAAGACAGAAGCGAGCUGCUUAUGGAAGAAAAUACUCUGCUCAAGAAACGAAUUCGCGAUAACAGAGAGCACUUCAGCCGUCUGAAAAGCCUAUCGCCAUCUUACAAGAGCCCUCGCGACACCUUCACUACUCCACAAAGAAAGAUUGUGCCACGAUAUCCAGCCACCGCCCCAAACCACUCUAAUAUUGCGGCAUUGCUCGCUGCUGAUCAGGUUCUGAACGGCGAAAGCCUCAGUGUGCCAUCGACACCGACCAAAUCUCAUUCCGCUAAGAUCAAGCAUGGUCACACACGAGGAGCCCAUUCCCUUUCUUCACUACAUACCACACCCAGCCAACAUCGGCCCGUCCGCCACGGUGGAUAUGACACCAUGGUGCCAUUUUCUGCACCGGCUUCGCAGCUAGUCAUUGAAUCCGCGGAAAGGGAACAACACGACAGAGACAGCACCAUUUCGAUAUCUGAUGCUGAAGACGCUGGCGACGAUGACAUACAGCAGUCACAGGCUAGCUCACUUGCGAGUGACAUGUUGCGGAGGAAUCCUGGGCCACAAGAGAGCCUCAGGCUUUCGCAAAGUGCGGAGCGGUCAAGCAACUUGCUACAAUCAAAACUUUUUGGGCCAGUCAAAAAGUCAAAUCAAAGUAGGAAACGAGAGGCAAGCUUUGAGGAAUCUGAUAUUGCGUCGAAAAAGGCGCGGCUAUCACACGGUGUUGGAUUAGGGAUUGAUUCAUGGGCUCAAGGAUAGGAUACGACCAGAUGCAUGUUUUGCUUGUAUGAAUUGUAACAUGAUACCCAAUCUCCACG